CACUACCUCACCCAGCCAGAAACGCCCUGAUCACACUUAGCAGACACCCAGAGGACAUCUCUUCUGCGCGCCACAGUGCCCAGUUCAGCUGUCGCCACACGGAUGCCCCUCUCCUGAUGCCACACAGAGGACACCUAUCCAGAUAGGGCACAUCUGAGCUGCAGCUGCACUUUUUUCUGAAGUCACCACAGGGUCCUUUCAUUAAUAGACACCCAAGGGACAUCACAUCUCAGUCACAGAGAUAUGAGCAGUUGCUGAGAUUGGUUUAGAAGAAUUGGGAUGCAGAGCAUAAAGUGUGUGGUUGUUGGAGAUGGAGCUGUGGGGAAGACCUGUCUACUUAUCUGCUAUACAACUAAUGCCUUCCCCAAGGAAUAUAUCCCCACUGUGUUUGACAACUACAGUGCCCAGAGCACUGUGGAUGGAAGAACUGUUAGUCUAAACCUCUGGGACACAGCUGGCCAGGAGGAAUACGACAGACUAAGGACACUUUCAUAUCCUCAGACCAAUGUGUUCAUUAUCUGCUUCUCCAUUGCUAGUCCAUCAUCCUAUGAGAAUGUAAAGCACAAGUGGUACCCUGAGGUGGGUCACCACUGCCCCACUGUCCCCAUCCUCCUGGUGGGCACAAAGAAGGAUCUCAGGAACAACCCGGAUGUAAUAAAGAAGUUGAAGGAGCAGAACCAGGUGCCAAUCACUGUGCAGCAGGGUGUUAGCCUCUCCAAGCAAAUUCAUGCAGUAAAAUACAUGGAAUGUUCUGCACUGAACCAUGAUGGUAUCAAGGAAGUUUUUAUGGAGUCCGUACGAGCUGUUCUCAACCCCAAUCCUGUAAAAGUCAAGAAACCUUGCUUUAUUUUGUGAAAACAGCUUCACUUUAGUUAUCAGAAGCCUCGAAUUAUACCCUAUGUUGUACGCUUUUUUCCAUUUCUGGUCCUGUUUUUUCACUUUGUUGUCUAUGAACCAAACCUACAAACCUCUUAACUACAUCUUUACAGAGCAAUAAUCUGAUUUUCUUACAAUAUCUUCAGCUGACUCCAGGACAUUGAAAAAGAAGGCUGCAGCAUAAGAAUAUUUUGUGUUACUUUGAGGGCUGCAUUGCCUGUUAUCUCAUGAUGUACCUCACUCACCGACCAUAAAAUAAACAAUAACUGAUUAGUUAUUACUGGGCAGCUCUUAAAAGGCUUUUUAACUUAAAGGAAAUAUUAUAAAUUAUACAUACUGAAGAAAAAACAUAUUUUUUGUUUUAGUUUGUUCUGGAUGUUGACAUAUCUGACCAUGUGGCGUAUCUGUGAUGAACAAUACGGGAUGCCAUAAAAUAAAAACAUGUAGGCAGCUAUCCCAGUUGUAUGGAAUAACUUUGAGAGAAGUUCUGCACUAAACAGAAUUACUAAAUAUUCCGUUAUUAGGAUAUUUUAAAUGGCCCACUUGUUUGCAAAAAUAAAUUGUGAUAACUAAAUCUGUUGAGCUUUAAAUUAGCUGCCUGUUGAUUAGAUCUGGAAGACAUCUGCAAUGCUUCUCUCAAAGACUGCUAUACCAUUAAUCACACAGGAAAGAGGUCCAAUGGUCCACUAGGUUCUUACAUAAGAAACCUGAUAUCUGUCUCUCUGAAAGCAUCCACUAGAAAUAACCAAAUGCUUGGAAACCCUGUAAUGCCUUGUAUGGAAUCUUCUAUGGGUCUUGUUUGACUGACAUCAGCCACAUCUUCCUGUUAACCAAAGUUAAACUAUUUAAAGCAUAAACAAAUAUUUUAUGUACCUGGAAGUGUCAGAUGUGCAACCUUCCAUUUUAUCUCUAUGGAAUUAAUGGGUUUUUAUUUCUGGAAUAAAAAAAACAACCGGUUUGGAGUUGGGACAGCAGUUUAUGAAAUCUGAUUACAAGUGUAGAUUGAAAGUGUUGAGUUAUGAUGAUGUUUAAUGACCUCAUGUAGCCAAGAAAUAGUGGUCUGUUACGGGGGUUUAUCUGAUUACUUGAUGCUUUUUGGUCUGUUCACUUUAAGUCAAGCAACCAGCCCUUUUUCUUAAUCUCAUUUUCCACCAUAUGUGUCACUAGAUGGAGAUUACAUUAGCUGGAUUGUCAGAUCUUUGUUUAAAUUUCAUUUCCCGGAGCUUUUGUGUCAUACAGAUACAGACUAUUAUGGAUGUGCUUAUGUUUGCUAUAUAGAUAACCCUCUGAAUUCUACCUAAAACUGAUACAAUUACAGGACAUGAACAUCAGAACUAAAGUUCCAUGAUUCUGAUAAAGCAUGUCAUUUUACAAUGAACUACUUUUAUCAAAUUAGCUUUUUCAUCUUGGUGUCCUUUGUUGAAGAGUAAACCUAGGCAGGCUCAGGAGUGUGCACGUCUUUAGCAUUCUAUAACAGCAGCGUUUGUAUCAUAAGUAUAACAUUGUUACUAUUAUUGUUGCAAACACUGAUGCUAUAGAUUGGUAAAGACAAAUAAACAUUCAUGAGCUCUGAGAAGCCCACCUAGGUUUACUCUUCAAAAAAAAGGAUUCCAAGAUCAACAAAAUGAAGCAGAGCUGCAUAUUUUGUAAAUGUCUUUUUAUCUGAAUUAUGAAAGUUUAUUUUUUACUUUACUGUCCCCUUAAGGCUAACCCAGAGCGCCUGAUGAUUCUGUCUCCUGUGGUUAUUUCUUACAAAUCUCAUGGCCAUCAUAUGUAUAAGUGUGGCAAUGGCUUCCAUCACUAGGUUCUUCAAUAACAAGGUUCCUCCAUAACAAGGUUCCUGCAUAACAAGGUUCCUCCAUAACAAGGUUCCUCCAUAACAAGGUUCCUCCAUAACAAGGUUCCUCCAUAACAAGGUUCCUCCAUAACAAGGUUCCUCCAUAACAAGGUUCCUCCAUAACAAGGUUCCUCCAUGUAGGGGUUCACAAAAUGGUACUUAGACUAGAAGAGGAGUAUAGUAGAUUCUCCAUAUGUAUUUCUAUAUAACUUUUAACCAUUCCAGUGCUGGAGUUCUCUUUGAGAGCCAUGAAAGCAACAAUUAUCCUACUUGAGUGACCAAUAAUGUUAUUUUUUUCUAUUGUAUCUAAUAAACCAGCCAAUGACCAGCCGGUAGGAUAAAUGCAUUCAAUAUUCAAUAAAAUAUUGUAUAUUCCUUUUAAAUGGUUUUAGUUGCCCAAAUAAAUAUAUUUAUGCCAUAAACCUCCUAGUUGCCAGAAAUCAUGCAUUAUUGUAUUAUAUUGGUAUUUAACCUCUUAGUCCAAUGAUGGCUGCAAUGCAUAGGCAGAAGAGGGUGACAUUGACCCCUAGGGGCCGAUUUAUCAUUGUGCGGGCGGACAAGAUUCGCUGUAGUGGAUCAUGUCCGCUGCACAUCGAUAAAUGCCGACAGCAUACGCUGUCGGCAUUUAUCAUUGCACAGGCAUUUCUCAUGAAAUGCUAGUGCAUUGUCGCCUCCUGCACAUUUGCGGCCAAUCGUCCACUAGCAGGGGGUGCCAAUCAUCCCCAUCGUAUCCGAUCAUGAUGAUUCCUGUCCGCCACCUCAGAGGUGGCGGACUAGUUAAGGAGCAGAUGUCUUAAGACCGCUGCUUCUUAACUUCAGUUUAGGGGAACCUAAAACUACGGGGGAUGAUUGCCGCAUCCACUGCUUGAUAAAUCUAUACUAGUCAAUCCGAACUGAAAUUCGAAAAAAUCUGAAUCGAUCCGAACCGAACCAAACCAAAUUUUUUCGCCAUGUACAUAUCUAAUCUACACCCUAGACAGCAAAAGAUAAUAACAAUGUAUUGCAUUAGUCAAAUAUGGUGGCGUUUAUUCCCUGAGCUGCCAACAAAGGAUGAGAUGUAUAGAAAGGUGGUAUAUUGCAGCAUGUAGCCUUUGGCUGUCAGACAUGGCUACAGUAUAUUGCAUUGAUGGUGCUAAUGACUAUUUAACCUCUUUGCUGCCAACAAGGGCUGCAAUUCUUUGCUUCCUAAGGCACUAAAGAUUGUUUAAAAACAUUGAUUUAGAUAAAUAAAAAAAUAAACAUUCCAAGCUUAAAUUUUAAACAUAUCCUGAUGUUACAUAUUUCACACCAGAAAUAAUGUUCUAAAAUAAUUAAAUUAUGGGAUAGCAGAGCCUGGCAGCAAUACAAAUAGUACUAGUUAGUGAGGGGUUAAAGGGUGCCAAAUCCCCAAUAUUUUACUCUGCUCCCCGGCUAGGCUAAGGAGUAAAGUAACAAAUUGCUACUCAUUGAUGUUCUUCUUUCAUGGCUAGUCACAACCCUAGACACCUCGAAACUGCCAAGCCAUGCCCUGCCCUGCCCCUGGACUAACUACAUGCAAAAGCUCUGCCCCUAACAUACCUUUCAUUUGCCGGGUGAGAUUGGCUUCCUUACCUGUGAACCACAAAGUGCCUCUGGUAGUAGGGGGGUUAGUGCCUCUUUUGACACUGCAGUCAACCGCAUUCUUAAUAAAAACAAUGAACAGGACAUCGCUCAUGGCCAAUUAUUUUUAUCAACAUUUCAAUAAUAUUGAUAGAAAAUAUUCAGAUUUUAUUCCACUAAAUAAAUGAAUAAGUUAUGAUUUGUGUGAGAAUAAAGUAAAUCAGUUGUGUUUUGUGUUUAGGGGUAAUUUACAAGCUGAGCAGAUAUAGAACACAGGAACUGCUGAGAUCCUUACGACAUUCCUGGUCUUUUGGAAUGUUUUUUUGAAAGCUAAAUAACCUACUAGAAUUGCUAUUUUCUAUUGUUGAAAUGUCUAUGCAGAUUUUCCUUAUGGAUAUAUUUAUGUACUAACUUUAUUGUUAAAUGUAACCACUUAAGUGCCAUAGAGGGCUGCAACACAUUGCUCCCUCUGGACAGACGAGAGCACCCCCUUAUUGUGACCAGUAUAUUUACCAACUACCAGGGGGGAUAAAGUCUCACGUCUGUUAUUAUGUUAUGUUUUGUGCUGGAUAUGUUUUUGCUUUCAUCAUUUUGUACCAACCUAUCUGAGAUUCCUUGUACCUACCUAUCUGAGAGCCCUUAUAUUGUCAUAGCACCAGGCUUGGGCUGUGAAUAAAGUUUUCUCCAAACUUCCUAUAA